AACAACAAAAGAGAUGAGGGUUUGCGUCCAUGAGUGUAUUUUCCUCUUUGAGUAAAAACAACAAAGGUGUCAGAUCGGAUCGGAUCGCGCCGUUAUCCUCCGUCGCCAUGGAUCUGUGCCUCCCGUGCUUGGAUCCGCCUCUCCUCCCAACCGAGGAGGAGGAGGGCGGCGGCGGCCACCUGAGCCCGAGCUCGGUCAUCCUCGACACCACAGCAUACAUCUCCGCCGACGCCGUCUCCAACACCACCACCGCCGCCGGCUGGAUGACCAACGGCGCACCCAUCCAGGUCUCCUUGUGCCUCGCGCGCCCGCCUCGCCUCUCCUACCUCUGCGUCCACUUCCCAGGCCCCGUCCUCGGCCCCGACGUCGGCACCAUCUAUGGACCCGACGCCGGCACCCCCGCCGUCCGCUGCGUCAGGUAGUGCCCGCUCGUCGUUGGCACGCACGCCGACCUAGCCCUCCUCUGGGUCGCCAUCCCGGGCUCCCCCGUCGUCAAGGACCACUCCACCUUCGACUACUUCGUCUACACGACCCGUCCGCACCCGGGCGCCUCCGACCUCCGCCGGCUCCCCAAGCCCACCAAAGGCUUCCGGGACCAGGAUGCCGCCAUCGUGCGCUGCUCCGGCUCCCGCUACGUCAUCGCCGUCCUCAGGAACACCCUCGACCCCCUCGAGUUCACGCUCGAGCUCUACGACUCCGGCACGCAACGCUGGACCUCUAGGCUGCUGCGCGUUCAGGAGCCGCAGAGGGACAGGGUGCUCCCCAUCCCGGACUCGGCCACCGAGCUCGGCUUCCACCGCACCACCAAGACCAUCGCGCUCGGACCCACCACCGUCGGCUAGGUGGAUCUCUGGAGGGGCAUCCUCUUCUGCGACGUGCUUGAUCAAAGUCCCGUGCUCCCAUUUCAAAAAAAAAAAAAGUCCCGUGCUCCGGGACAUGCCGCUGCCCAAGCCUGCUAGGUGCAACAGGGGCUACUUCUGCAGAGGAGGCUCCAGUGGCCAUCGGGACAUCACCGUCAUCAAGCUCCCAGACCAAUCGCACCUUAUCAAGUAUGUCGAGAUGGGAAGAAGAACUCGUCCUGCCAACAAUGUGAUCCCAUCAUCUUCAUCUCCACGGCAGCAGGUGCACCACUCCAGCUCUGAUGACGACGACGACAGCAGCGGCGGCGGCGGCGGCGACUAUGUCCGUGACUACUGGACAGCCACCAUCUGGACUAUGCCCGUGCCGAUUGCUUCAUGGAAGGAUUGCACAAUCGAUGCCGGAAACAUGGUCAUUGACAACCCAAGGCAUCGUGAGCUGCUUCUGGCGCUGCCAGGGCUGACCGUUGAUCCACAGGAGGCAGCGGCGGUGACCUUGAGUAGACUGGUCACUUCUCAUCCCACCUUGGGCUUGGGGCUUGGCUUGGAUGGUCAUGUCACCGUUUACUUCCUGACCAAGGUGUAUUGCAAUGCCCGUGAGGGAUGGAUCAUUGUUGUUGGCACCAAGGACAAUAAGCUGCAAGGUAUCGCCAGGCUUGAUGAAAGGAAAAACUUUUCCUUUAGACGCCACUACCGUCCUACUGAAAUAUCCAAAUAUCUGACCAAGGCUUAUAACUUUUUCUUCA